AUGCACUCCUUCUCAACUCUACCCAACCACAGAAUUGGCCUCUAUAUCUUGUGGACGAUACCUGUUCUCUUUGUGAUAUUCAAGCUGCUGGCACCAGCUAAAUGCAGCCUCCCAAUCGUAAACGGACGCAGGUGGUUUGAGAUAGGACAGUACCAGGCAAGGCGACGCUUUUCUCUCGAUGGACGGGGCAUUAUCUUAAAAGGGCUUCAGAAGGCGCGUGCAUUUCGCGUGGUUUCUCAAAAAGGGCCCAAGAUAAUCCUUGGGCCCGAAUACGCCAACGAGGUUAAAAGUCAUCCAGCCUGCAAUGCGGAUGUUUUUAUAGCAAAGGAGUUCCACGCCCACGUGUCAGGCUUCGAGGUGUUGCGGCCACAGCAUGUAAUGAAAGAUGCUAUCCGGCUUAAGCUAACCAGGUCUAUCGGGGCGUUGAUGAGACCGAUAUCUGAUGAAACUACACUGAUUCUCGAAACGCAAUGGGGGAAUAGUAAUUGUUGGCAUGAGUUGGAUCUAAAGUCCACCAUAGCCGCGCUUGUCUCUCGAGUGUCGGCAGUCAUGUUCGUCGGCGAGGAGCUCGGCCGCGAUCAGAAAUGGCUCAGCAUUGUCACCAACUAUAGCUCUGAUAUGUUCGUGGCGGAUCUGGAUCUUUGCAAGUGGCCGGAAAUUCUGCGUCCCAUUGCUACGUAUUUCCUGUCAUCUUGCGGGAAGCUACGACGCCAUAUCCAAGAGGCGGCACUAAUGCUCGAUCCCAUACUUUCAGAGGGAAACUCUACGCAUGGAAACAAGCAGAAUUUUCUGGAUUGGUUUGAAGAAAUUGCAGGCGGUCGGAAAUACAACCCCGUACUGGCACAGAUCUCCCUCGCUGCAGCGGCAAUUGAUACUACAUCCGACCUCAUAAUUCAGACACUUACUGAUAUUUGUCGUUUCCCCGAUUCGGAAAAACUCCAAGAAGAGCUCCGGGAGGAGAUGGUCAGGGUUCUGCGGGCAGAUGGAUGGGAGAAGUCUGCCAUGUACAACCUUAAGCUGUUGGACAGCGUCCUAAAGGAAACACAGCGUGUCAAACCUGUCGUUGUUUUCGGUAUGGGUCGCUACGUUACUGAACAGAUAACGUUACAUGACGGCACUGUGAUCCCAAAGGGCGAAACAAUCAACGUCGUCAAUACACGAGUGUGGGACUCAGCCGUCUAUGAAAACCCACUAGAAUGGGACCCCUAUAGAUUUUUACGUCGUCGUGACUCGGGCGAUCACGCAGCACAUCUCGUCUCGCCCACGCCGGAUCAUAUGGGGUUCGGACUGGGAAAGCAUUCAUGCCCGGGCCGAUUCUUUGCAGCCACGAAAAUCAAAAUCCUACUAUGUCAUAUUCUGUUAAAGUAUGAUGUGAAAAUCUCUGAUGAGGCAAGUUCUAAAGUGGUCUCUUCGGGAAACUUUCUAUUUCCCGAUGCAACUUUGAGGAUCUCGGUCAGGCGAAGGCAAGAAAACUUGAGUAUCUGGGACUAA